AUGGACGACGACGGAAGGCCGAUAAAACGGAUCAAGCGGGCAUGCGAGACCUGUCGUCGGAAAAAAUCCCGAUGCUCCGGAGAGCGUCCCGUGUGCUCCAAUUGCACCCGCUUGGGACACCACUGCGAGUAUGCGGCCGAGGAAGCGCCCGAAUAUGUUAGGGGCUUGGAACAACGCCUCGGUUGCCUCGAGAGCAAGCUGGAAGUCUUGUUGGCUUGUUCCCACCACACCCCUGCAGCUGCGCCUGCCAGUGGUACCAAUAGGCCAAAUCCCGAUGCUUCUGGGGAGGCUCAGAUCAUAAAUGAUCCGUUAAUAAACUUUCCAGAUGCAACCCCGCAGAAUCCCGCCCAUUUGUUCCUGACCUACUGCAACUUUCAACCGCUGCCAUUAUUUCCCCAUAGGACUUUUCUGGAAUCCUAUGAUAGCCGGGAUGCAGAGGUGCAGCUCGCUAUUCAGGCAUUGGGCCAGAGAUUUGAUGGUAGGGGUGUAGCCGACCUCGAGAUCGACCGAGAAAUUCGAGACUGGACGGAGUCUUCCCGGCGCAUGGUGAUGAGCCGCUUGGCGGAGGGCGCUGUAGAGCUGUCUACCCUGCAGACACUGUGUCUGUUGACAUUGAUUGACUACACUAAUGGGAACAUAAUUCGAACCGGUGUCAACCUACGUCUAGCUAAGUACUUGAUUGAGUGCCUCAAAUUAGACGGACCAAAUUUCCCAGAUAAUCUGGAGGAUGAACGCGAUGAACGAGUACUCUGUCGCUGGACUGUGUAUAUUCUCGAAACACUAGCCAGCGACGGCUACUCCGCCAUCAGCAGCAAUCCCGUCAACACCUCGACCAGGACAGAUGUCGGCCUAGUCGCCUGCACAGUCCAGUACAGUAAAGUAUGGGGACUUUCACGAGCCUAUGCUUCCGCUCACAUCAGAGCCGACUCACCGUCUCCAUGGUCGCCGCAGUCCGAUUAUUCCGUCAUUACCUCCGAGCUGAUGGAAUGCGAGAGCCGGAUUCCCUUGAAAUACCGAUUGCACGCGAGCGAAUUCCCUGAGCUCUCGGCGGCAGAGCUGGACCAGCAUAGACAAUACUGGGGCCCAUGGCUUUUCUUUCAGUUCGUUUCGCAUUCAAUCCUGGCCCUUGUGAACCAUCCCCUCCUCUUGUCGAUGCGUUUGAAAAACUUCCGUCAUACUAUGCCGCAGUCGUUUCUGCGGAACUCGUUUGAACAGAUCACUAUAAACACGGGCUGGGUGCUGCACUUUGUCACGCUGCUCGAGAAGAAGGGGUUUGAGGUAUCUGAUCCAACUCUAGGUCAGUGUGUGGCAAUUGUGGCCACGAUAUUUCUUCAACAUAGCUUUGUGGAGGAAGCAAGUUUCAGACAGAAGGCACAGAUUGGUUACGAGAAGUGCAUUGGAUUCGUUCAUCAGAUGGGUAGACGGUGGCCACAUCUAGAAAAGCAGGCAAAUAAGCUGCGCCAGCUGAGCAAUAGUAUUUCUGGUGGUGCACAUGGCUCUCAGCAGGCCUGGUCUGUGAAUGUGCACCUUCUCUGGGAGAUUUUGGUUUCGUCUCCUAGCAAACAAACGAGACACCCCCCGAAUGAUAUAUUCGGACCAUCUUUGAGAGACAGUAUCCCUCAAAACUCACUGCGAUCCGAUGAUGCGUCGCCGGAUCCCGAGUUCGCACUCAUCGGGUCUGCUGGCAUCUCUGGACACCGAACAGUGGCCAGAGAGCUAGUAACGUACCCGCCGGAGGAAGUUCAACACUUUCAUAACAGCCAAAAUCAAAUCCCGGAUCUCGAUCUUUCCGGGCUUAUUGGGAACCCGGAAUUAGGGAUUUCUGGCUCUGGCGGUGGCCUUUUGCAGCCGCAGGAUUAUGGUCGGUUGAUUGAGAAUUGGUUGAACCUUGAACCGUGA